UAUUCGUGGAAUUUAGAAACAUCCGGUUUUACUUUCAUUUUCUCUUUUUCCUUGAUAAAUUAUUUUAAAAUGUCUUCAAUGCAAUGGAACCAAGAGACAAAAACUAAAUUAAACGAGAAAGUGACAACAAACAUUUUAGAUAUGGCAUCUCUGGCAAGACAAUUAGUUAGAUCUUCUAGAUCGAAUGAGCUUCUUGCACAAGCAGCAAAGAAUUUUUCCUGUCAAGAACAAAUAAUACAGAAUUCUGCAAAUUCUUUAACAAAAAUGCAGAAUAUUACAACACAGUUGGAAUACCAAGAAUCAGCAGUAGAGAGAAGUAUGAGUACUAUUGAUGACAUUCAAGAUCAACUGAAAACUAUACAGAGGUGAAACUAUGGUGGACUUUGAAGUGUAAUUCAUUUGGAAU